CCCACAUUGGCCGCUAGCCGAUCCCAAGCUCUCGGAUCCAGCUCGGUUAGCCGAGUUUGCGUCCUCGCCCUCCAGCUGCUCUCUCCAUGGUCGCGUGCUGGACUUCUCUGCGGGGGCAUGGACACCACGAUGUUCCAGCUGAGGUCGUUCGUUCACCAGCGGCUGUACGCGGCGGCGGAGGAGAUCCUCGGAGAGGUGGAGAAAACCAUCACGCUGGCCAUGUACGAAGCAGAAGUUAGCCGGUCCAAGGAGGAGGUGGACAGUCUGCGGACCCAGCUGGACUUCCUGCGAAAGAAAUCCGCUGCAGAGCCUUCAAUGACCUGCAGCACAGGUGCACCAGAGCUGCAGGAGAACCCAGGACCCUCAAUACCUGAGGAGUCAAACUCCAGUCUGGGUGCUGAGGUCCCAGGAGCCUCUCAAACCAUUGCAGAGCCGGACCAAAAUAACUGGAACUACUGCUUGGUUCAGACAGACUUCUUGAUGACGGAGAUAAAAGAAGAGCAGGAGGAACUUUGGGGUGACGGUCAAACCCAGGAGAUGGUUUUUCCCUCUCCUGAAAUUGUGAAAAGUGAGAUAGAUCAGCCCGAGACACAAGCGUCGUAUGAAAUGCAGCCAAUUUCCUCAGAUGGCUCUGCAGCUCAGAGUGAGAACCAUGACAGUGACGAGGAGUUGGUGAAUAGCAAAGGAGAACAGACCAAAACAAUGAAACGGAAAGGAAAGCUACUGCAAGGGCAAAGUGGCAGCGCUAAUGAGAAGGACAAAGACACAUUAGCCAAUGACAAAGGUCCAGCUAAAGGGGACAAGGGCCGCAGUUUUUGCCAUUUUUGUGGCAAGGGAUUCCAAUACAUCGGCUCUUUGAUGAAGCACAUAAAAACACAUGAAAACAAUUUUGAUUGCACCGUUUGUGGGGUGACAUUCCUGUCUUCAAGUGAGCUGAUAACUCAUGUGAAAGGUUGUCACAGCAAAACAUAUUUUUGUGACAUCUGUGGAAAGACUUUCGCCAAUACCCGUUGUCUCCGACUUCACGAAAAAAUUCACACGGGCAAAAAAGAGUUUGUGUGUCAAGAAUGUGGGAAGACGUUUUACCGAAGAGAGCAUCUCAUCGUGCACGUGAGGACCCAUUCUGGGGAGAAACCGUAUCACUGUGAAAUUUGUGGGAAAGCAUUCAGUCAGAGCCAGAACCUGACGAUUCAUAAAAGAAGCCAUUCAGGGGAGAAACCGUAUCAAUGUGGCCUGUGUGGCAAACUUUUUAACACCAGCAGUCAUCUCAAAACACACAUGAGAUACCAUUCAGGGGAAAAACCGUACCCCUGUGAUAUUUGUGGUAAACGUUUUAGCCAAAGCGGGCAGAUGACUCGACAUAGGACCACACAUACAGGAGAGAGGCCAUAUGGCUGCAGUAUUUGUGGCAUGAGAUACAGGUUUGCACCUAAUCUGAAGGUGCACUUGCAAACUCAUGAAAAGUCCCUCACUGGAUGAAAACAGACACACGAUCUCAGAGCUCAAUUACAAAUAACUACCGGUAAGUUAGAUACAUUUUGGGGAAUAAUUGAAAUGUCAUAAGAAGAAAAAACACAAUCUUAAUAUGUUUGUGUUUACCUUUUAGAUUUAGGGUUGAUAUGUGUCAGACUGCUGAAAUAUGUCAGCACCUUUUUAAGAGGGUUAAAUGAUUCCCACAGGUAGAAACCGGCAUCACUUAGACCGUCAGAGUGCCGAGCUUUGUUUGUAUUAUCGCAUAAUGUUUAGUGUAAACGCUUCCAAUGGUGAAACAAUCCACAUGGGGGACAAUAAAGUUUAGCAUCCUGUCAUAUCACAA